AUGGAUUCUGCAAAUUUUCCAGCAAAAAUAUCAGUGUUCACAGGGCAGAAUUAUGGUGUGUGGGCCGUAAAAAUGGAAACAUAUCUCAAAGCUUUUGACUUGUGGGAGAUAGUGCAGAGUGAUAGGCAACCCACUCCACUAGGAAACAAUCCUACGAUUGCACAGAUGAAAUUUUUCAAUGAAGAAAAGGCAAAGCGAUUCAAAGCUCUUACCUGUCUUCAUAAUGCUGUGAGUGAAGAAAUCUUCUCAAGGAUUAUUGCUUUUAAAUCUGCCAAAGAAACGUGGGAUAAAUUAAAAGUAGAAUUUCAUGGCGAUGAAAAGUCAAGGAAGAUGCAACUUUUAAAUCUCAGAAGGCAGUUUGAAGGUCUGAAGAUGAGAGAAAUCGAUACCAUCAAAGACUUCUCUUCUCAAAUUUCAAAACUUGUGAAUCAAGUGAAAUUUGAACAUAAAAUUUGCUCUUUAGAAAAUUCUAAAGAUUUCUCAGAAAUGAGUCUGCAAGAACUGGUAAAUGCAUUUCAAGCUGUGGAGCAAAGACAAGCUUAUAGACAAGAAGAAACAAGCGAAGGAGCUCUUGUUGCAGUUUACAAGGAGAAAAGUCGGUCUAAGAAUUUUUACGGAAACAAUCAAGAAGAAAAAAGAGAAAAAGGGAGAGGUUGUCAAUCUAAUAACUGGCAACAAAACAGCAACAACAUCUUCACUGAAGGGAAAGAGAAGAAAGAACAUUUUCUUGCUUGCAAAUUCUGUUAG